AUGUCUUUCGGCGCCGACAACUUCUACCGCGGCGAGUCCUAUAACAACUCCAUCGCCGGUAACCUCUUCCUCGCCAACAACCUGAGCACGACCACCAGCCAACCCACCAUUGUCGUCGGCCACCCCAUGGGUGCCACCAAGGAGCAGAGCGCCAACCUGUACGCUCAGAAGCUCGCCGAGCAGGACUUCUUCGUCACCUUGACCCUCGAUCUCCCCUUCUUCGGUCUCAGCGACGGCCUUCACAACCUCGUCUCCCCCGAUAUGUACACCGAGGCCUACAGCGCCGCCGUCGACCAUCUUGGCACCUACGACUUUGUCGAUCGACAGCGGAUCGGAGCCCUUGGUAUCUGCGGUAGCGGUGCCACCUCCUCCAUGUACGACAUGGGUGCGGUCAGCCGUGGCGGUCUCAAUAACUCUCAGGACCUUGAAACCCGCAUUGAGAUCCUUGCCAACGCUGCUGAGGCCCGCCGGGCUGCCGUUGAUGGCGAGCCUGAGGCCAUUUCCAUCGGUACCCCCCUCGAGCUCACCGACGAGACUGAUGCCGUCAGCGCUGAGUUCUACGACUUCUACCGCACCUACCGUGGCGAGUACACUGCUGCCGGCUGGAUGGUCAACAUGACCAGCUACCGAACCCUUGCCACCAACAUCAAGUUCUUCAACUUAUACCCCUUCCACAACAUGGAGCAAAUCGCUCCUCGCCCUCUCCUCAUCGUCUCCGGUGACAUCUCCCACUACCGUGAGUUCAGCGUCGACGCCUACCGCGCUGCUUCUGAACCCAAGGAGCUCUUCUGGGUUCCCCAGGCUAGCCACACCGACUUGUACGACCGUACUGAGAUCAUCUCCUUCGACAAGUUCACUCAGUUCUUCCGCCAUAACCUCGCUGCUGGCAACUCCACCAAUUGA